AUGUCUAUCAGCUUUGACCCGUCAGAAUGGAUCUCAUGCGGCCGCUCGUUUCCUCAGACAGGUCCCCCAAAAUUCAUCCAGAAUGAGAUCAAGCGCCUUCAAUCUAUGCCACCAUGGAUUCGCAUUUCCAUCCCUUCCCGAGAUCUCCCUGUGGACACAUUGCUCAACCUUCCCAUCAACCUCGCAUUCGACGAUGUCGAUAAAGGAUCGGCCCCCACAUUUUUCUCAAAAAAACCAGCUUUACUUGAUUCCGAGCUUCCUAAGGACUUUUUAUCAUGUCCUAUCCCAUCCCUUGCACUCUCAUCAGAGCUUCAACAACUGUUCGGACAAGCAUGGUUUGAUGGGUGCCAUUCCAUUAUUCACGCAGCAUUCCCUUUUUGGUCGCACAAAUAA